GAGCCUUGCUCAGCAGCCCCAGGAUACCCAUGUUGUGAAUGUCUUGUCUCCUUUUGCAGGCAUUCGGACAGGCACAUACAAACCACAAGAAGGUAGCCGCGGAUGGUGAGAGCCGGGAAGAAAGCCUGAUCCAGGAGUCGGCCUCCAAGGAGCAGUACUAUGUGCGAAAGGUGCUGGAGCUACAGACAGAGCUGAAGCAGCUGCGCAACGUCCUCACCAACACACAGUCAGAGAAUGAGCGCCUCACAUCCGUGGCCCAAGAGUUGAAGGAGAUCAACCAGAAUGUAGAGAUCCAGCGAGGCCGCCUUCGUGAUGACAUCAAGGAGUACAAGUUCCGGGAGGCCCGCCUACUGCAGGACUACUCAGAACUGGAGGAGGAGAACAUCAGCCUGCAGAAGCAAGUGUCUGUGCUCAGACAGAACCAGGUGGAGUUUGAAGGCCUCAAACAUGAGAUCAAGCGUCUGGAGGAGGAGACUGAGUACCUCAACAGCCAGCUGGAGGAUGCCAUCCGGCUCAAGGAAAUCUCCGAGCGGCAGCUGGAAGAGGCACUAGAGACACUGAAGACAGAGCGAGAACAGAAGAACAGCCUGCGCAAGGAGCUGUCACACUACAUGAGCAUCAACGACUCCUUUUAUACCAGCCACUUACAGGUCUCUCUUGAUGGCCUCAAGUUCAGUGAUGACACCACUGCUGAGCCCAACAAUGAUGCUGAGGCCCUAGUUAAUGGUUUUGAGCACGGCGGCCUGGCCAAGCCCUUGCCAGACAACAAGACGUCCACACCGAGGAAGGAUGGCCUGGUGCCGCCCUCCCCCAGCCUCGUUUCCGAUCUGCUCAGUGAACUUCACAUUUCUGAGAUACAGAAGCUGAAGCAGCAGCUGGUGCAGAUGGAGCGGGAGAAGGUGGGCUUGCUGGCAACACUGCAGGACACACAGAAGCAGCUGGAACAGGCUCGGGGGGCCCUGUUGGAGCAGGAUGAGAAGGUGAGCCGUCUUACCGAGAACCUCAAUGCCCUGCGGCGCCUGCAGGCUGGCAAAGAACGGCAGACAGCCCUGGAUAAUGAGAAGGACCGCGACAGCCAUGAGGACGGUGACUACUAUGAAGUGGAUAUCAACGGGCCUGAGAUUCUGGCCUGCAAGUACCACGUGGCUGUGACUGAGGCUGGCGAGCUCCGAGAGCAGCUCAAGGCACUGCGUAGUACACACGAAGCUCAAGAGGCCCAGCACGCUGAGGAGAAGGGUCGUUACGAGGCUGAGGCCCAGGCACUCUCUGAGAAGGUGUCCCUGCUGGAAAAGACUAACUGCCAGGACCGCGAGCUGCUGGCCCAGCUGAAGAAAGAGCUGAAGAAGGUGAGCGACGUGGCUGGUGAGACCCAGGGCAGCCUGAGUGUGGCCCAGGAUGAGCUAGUGACCUUCAGUGAGGAGCUGGCCAACCUUUACCACCACGUGUGCAUGUGCAACAACGAGACGCCCAACCGUGUCAUGCUGGACUACUAUCGAGAGGGCCAGGGCGGGGCAGGCCGCACCAGCCCAGGGGGCCGCACUAGUCCUGAGGGUCGUGGGCACCGCUCGCCCAUUCUCCUACCCAAGGGGCUACUGGCCCCAGAUGCAGGCCGAGCAGAUGGUAUUGCUGGGGACAGCAGCCCCUCCCCGAGCUCUUCGCUGCCAUCACCCCUGAGUGACCCCCGCCGGGAGCCCAUGAACAUCUACAACCUGAUCGCCAUCAUCCGCGACCAAAUCAAGCACUUGCAGGCAGCUGUGGACCGCACAACAGAGCUCUCCCGGCAGCGCAUUGCCUCACAGGAGCUGGGCCCCGCUGUGGACAAGGACAAGGAGGUACUCAUGGAAGAGAUUCUCAAGCUGAAGUCACUGCUUAGCACCAAGCGGGAGCAGAUCACCACACUGCGCACUGUGCUCAAGGCCAACAAGCAGACGGCUGAAGUGGCCCUCGCCAACUUGAAGAGCAAGUAUGAGAACGAGAAGGCCAUGGUGACCGAGACCAUGAUGAAGCUGCGCAACGAACUCAAGGCCCUCAAAGAGGAUGCAGCCACCUUUUCCUCUCUGCGUGCCAUGUUCGCCACCAGGUGCGACGAGUACAUCACACAGCUGGAUGAGAUGCAGCGGCAGCUGGCAGCUGCUGAGGAUGAGAAGAAGACACUUAACUCCCUGCUGCGCAUGGCCAUCCAGCAGAAGCUGGCACUGACCCAGCGGCUGGAGCUGCUCGAGCUGGACCACGAGCAGACCCGGCGGGGCCGCACCAAAGCUGCCCCCAAGGCCAAGCCAGCCGCCCCAAGCGUAAGUCACACCUGUGCCUGCGCCAGUGACAGGGCCGAGGGCACUGGGCUCGCCAACCAGGUGUUCUGCAGCGAGAAGCACAGCAUUUACUGUGAUUAGGGCCAUGGGGCGCCACACGCUGCAGCUAAUGUCCGCUUCACCUUGACUAACCCGGCAGCUGCGGGACAGUGGUGCUAGGCCAGUCCUAACGUGACUAAUGCACAGAGGGCAGGAUUCUAGCUGAGUGGCAGCAUGGGGCAUGGCUGUCACCAGGACACUUCUGUGAGUUUGUGUUGCUUCCUACUCCAGUCCCCUCAGGAGCACCUGUGUCAGCAGCUGUCUUUUUGAGGUCCGAGGUUGGGAUAGAGCUGACACCCUUGUUGGAAGACAGAUAUACAAGUGUCUCCCUGGGGCCCUGGACACCUUAGGGAAAGAGUCCUGGUCCCACCCCCUCAGCACCCACAGAGGGACAGAACCUGAGUUGAAAGUUGCAUGUUCCUUGUAUGUGUCUAACAUCAGCACCUGCAAGCAGUUUGAGAAGGUUCCUGUAUGCGUCACAGGUCGAGCCUCAGAGGACUGCUCUGUGAUUGGCAGAGUUCUGUGGAAAGAGUUAUGUUUUAGUUUGUGCAGGAUCUUACCAUAAGUCACAUUCAGGACAAAAGUAUAGAAUUGCAUCCCCAGACCUAGAGAAGAGUGGUCCUGAGCUCCUGCAUUCUACAAAUGACUCACAUACACAGCUGCCUGUAGCCCAGGAGAGCAGAGCACCCUAGUGUCUUGUCUCUGAGAUCUGCAUGCUGGUCUGCUGGCCUGUAAGGUGACAAAUUGGCAGGGCCUGAGGCCAAGGGCUUCCUUUUUUAAUGAGAAAAGUGUUCCAAGUGCCUGGCCAGACCUUGUGGUCCUCAGGUGAGGCCUGUCCUUUUGUCCUUGGGUAACCUAGCCACCUGUUUUUGGGCUUUUGUCUCAAGGGGCUUCAAACCUGCCGACAUAAGUCUUGGAGAACCACAGCCUGAAGUCUGAGUGGACACCCACAGUGGUAGCAGAGCUGAGCCCACAUUUGGAGGGCGUAGCCAGGGCCCAGGGCUGGUUCCCAGAGCUAGCAGGUUGUGAAUGGUUCUCUAGUACAAUUUAGGGGUGCCAAUAGAAAGAAAAGUCAGCCAAGGGCUCCCCUGUUUCUCAGAGGCUUCAUCCACACCACAGCUCUGUCAUUAGGCUGACAUGUGAAUCUGAGUUCACAUGUGCUGAAGCAGAACCCUUCUCAGUAUUUCCCUCCUGAUUCCCAGGGGACAGCAGGCCCAAGGCUGCCUUCUGCUCGCCCGUCUUCCUGUAGAAAGGGGAUUGGUGCUGUGAGGCCAAGAGGGUCAUGUUGCCCCACACACAGCUGUCUUUCCCAUUCUUUCCAUUAGCGCUGAAGGUGACGUGGUCUUCUCCAGACUAUAGGCAAUGCAUGGUGCAGAACAGUAGGAAAGUAGGCUGGGGCAUGGGUGUGCUCUGCACGUCCAUCCUGGUGAUGGCUGCCUGCAUGCCCGUCUGCGCUCCCCACCAACCCCGCCUUGCUCUCUCUUCACCAGGCCAGCACGCAGCUUCUCUUGGACCUAUAAGGGGCUUUGCAGUCCCUCAGAGCUCCUGGCCCCCCUAACACAAAUGCAGGUCUCCUCUGCCAACUAACAGGCUCGCACACUCAGCACAGUGAGGACUUAGUUGUCAAGUGGCCCAGUUCUAAUGCUGUCUUGUUUUCUCCCAUUUUCAGCUGUAGAGUAGCUGCUGGGAGGAUGUGGCCACCCGGCCCUGUCACACUGCAGUCCCUCCCUCCCCUCCUGUGGCCCAUGCAGAGAAAGGAAGGGUAACUUAGAAGUCCACUUAGAAACAUUUUGGAUAUGCCACUGCAAUUCUUUUCAAGCUAGCAUUCCCCAAGUUUUUAAUGGGAGGAGAAAAAGCUUUAAUACUGAGAAUGCCGUGAGCUGCUGCUUGGAAAGGCCUCUGCAGGGCCGAAGAACCUGCUUCCCAGCCACCACCAGGCUCGCUAGGAGCCCACUGGAACACUCACACAGGGGUCUCCUUAUUACACAUGUUCCUUUUUUUAUCCGAUCAACCUGUGCACUUUUGAUAUUUUGAUAUUAUAUUUGCUUCCUCAGUUUCUCUCCUAGAGACGGUCUCGGAUGCCGUGGUCUGUGCUCGUGGCCCUGUAGCUGUCCGUCUUAGCUCUGAUGUGUUGGUCUGGCGUCAGCACAAGGCAGGCCGUGUGCUCCGUAGUGUGUAGCUCUAGACUGGAGAUGAGGCUUUGGCCCAGCGAGGAGCUCGGCUAAGUAUAUCCACGCUGUGGUUCAGCAGCCUUUUAGAUUAUACGGCAUUACGGUUCGUGUUUGAAAUUACAGAUUUUAAAUGCCAUGUUCAUUAAGAAAUCCAGGGUAUUCCAAUUCUGGGGUUUUUCAUAUUGUAUUAUUAUUAUUCUUAGGAAUAGUUCAAUGUAACAAGAAGAAAACUUGACCUUUGCUCUGGUUAAAAUAGUAACAGGCACUUGAAAAAAAAGAUAAAUUAUUGAACAAGUAGUAUUACCUACAAAUUCCAGAAUUUUCUGGGUUUUAGGACCUUGUAAAGCAUGACUGAUUAACAGAAUUUUAUACAACUGUACCAGUGAAAUUCCAAAUUGGAAUUGUUUUGUUACUCUGGUUGUUGUGCCAAAUUAUGGUACACUUAGAAAAUUCUACAGUUGUCGAUUUUUAGGGUGUUCUAUUUCAACGCCUUUUUGUUAGUAAUCAUUGCCAGUAGUGCCUUCAUCAGUUAAGGGAGGUGUCCCAGCAAAGUCGUUUCUCUAAAAAGGGCAGUGAAGAGCUAGUUGGGAAUGCUGAAGGCCAGUGUGGACCAGCAGGUGGAAGGGGCGCCCGUCUCACACCUGUACCUGGGCAUCUUCACCGAGGGAAAGAAAACAGUAAUUGUGCAAAAUUCUGUUAGUCAGUGAUUCUUUACUUGCAAAUUCAGGGGCUUAGAAAACAAAAACAAACACAAAACCUUGAGUGUGCUUUGGGAACCAAAUGGACUUACUAGGACAAGCUAAGCAAUCUUACGAACACCACGUUUGUGAAGAGAACACUUUGUGAAGAGCCGAGGGCGGCAGCGCCGGCUCAGUCGGUUGACACAGGAGUGGGGGACAAGGGUUAGCCAUAGUAUUCUUUGCAAAUGUGAAAACAACAUAUCAUAUCUUCUCUUGCUUGGUGUAACUAAUCACUGUUAAUUUCAGGAAACAGAACUCAGUAAAGCUCCUCAGCAAACUAGGUCUGUGUCCUGUUCUGUUUGCUGAGUGAGGCUCACCAGUGUGGUCAGAUUGGUACUAGUGGAGGAAGAAAAGCUGUCCUCUAUCCUCCAAAAAAAGGACAAAUUAUAAUAAUAUAAAUUAUAAGAAUUGAAGAAUUCUGUUUCCUGGAAUGAGCAUUUCUUAUUCUUAAUUGUUGGGCCUCCUGUUUUGACCUUCUGUUACAGUGUUGAUUCAUAAAAAAUACUGUUACAUUUGAGAUAACUUCAUCUAUAUGGGGUAUUUAUUUGCAAUGUCUAUGUACUGUAUUUUUUUGUGUGUGUGCAUUACCUUAGUGUCAGAAUGUUGGUCUUUAUUUUAAAAGUCAUAUGCAUGUUCUCCUGCCAAGGAACCUUUACACAGACCCCCCCAAAAAAA